AUGCACCCUUCUCGCCCUCGUCGUGCAGCCGCUAUUGCAGCUUCGGACAAGGCUGCAAAGCAGUCCCAAGCAUCUAAGAAGGCGUCAAAUACCGGCAAAGGCAAGCCAGCGCUGAAAAGAGCUGCAUCAACGGCCGAGCCGGUCGUCGACGAGUCGCCUUCACCAACUACGACGAACACCGCUCUUCGCGGCAAGCGGUCGCGCACUCGCCUCGAAGCACCAGAGGAGGCGAGUCCAUCUAUUUUAUCUCAUCCCCCGAAUUCUGCAGUCCCGCGUCCGCCGAGCCCUCGCCGUACUCGGGCAAACAACCCUAUCCAUCCACUGGAUAAGUUCAAUAUGCGGAAGCGCUUUAUGACGGACAUACGCGCAGCCAAACUGGCCAGGGAGGCCGCUGAGGAGGUGGAAAGACAGCGGAAACGGGACCUAGAAGCAGCAGCCCUGCGCGAGCGAGAGUUAAAAGUCGCUGCAGGCCAACAGGCGAUUCAGCAGCUCUUUGCUCGGCACGCAAUGGCUACUGAGGCUGAAGAGCUGGACAUGCUCUGGAGACCGGAGUUUGCUGACAGAACAGCUCAGGACAACAUGACUGCGACGGACAAGGUCGCCGAAGCAGACGGCGAACUUGAUGAACGGGCGUCUAUCGGCGCACCCACGCACGGACCGCCUGCCAAAGUUGAUAAGGCAGAUGCUGAUAAAGCCCGUCGCAAGCGCGAGAAGGAGAAGCGCGACGCGCUCAAGAAGACUGCCCGGGAUGCCGUCGAUGCAACCGGGCUUCAGGAAGUUGUGAUCAACGAGCCUACUGCACUUGGAGACGACGAUAUGCCGCUCACUCCAGUUGGAGACACCAUGGACGUGGAUGUUGAUCAAGUUGAUGGACGCGACGAGCGCGCCAGUCACUGUGACGGAGCGGCACGCGCGGCGGAACCCGACGCGACACCCAAGCCUAAGAAGUUAUCGCGCAAGAAACACAACGGCCCCACAGCUUCUCAAGAGCCUGCCGACAAGACCGCUCUCCUCGACGAUUGGCGUCAGUCGGUCGCCGACAUCGCGGUAUCCCAGGCCACCCUCGAUGCCGAAGCUACAGCAGCGAGAUCAUCUUCGACCAAGAAGGGCAAGAAGAAGAAGGCUGCUGUGCGCGAAGAAGGGCUCGGUGAUGCUGAUGUUGAGACAUCGAAGAGGGAUGUCACCGCGGCGAAGAAACUGAAGUCGACAGUUGCUCUUGCCGAUUCCGCUGAGGUUCCUGAGGCCAAACCGCGCCCGCGCCGUACGCAUGCAAUUCCACCCGAGAAGUCCAGGUCGGCUGAAGCGUGCCUCCCACCGGUGCUUCUCAACGACAAUCUCUUCAAUGGCCGCAUUGUACCCGCCCUCAUCGAAGAAGUUGGCUCGCGCUUCGGAGAGGAAAUUUGGGAUGUCCAGGAAGGCCUUGCUGACAUCUUGAAUGAACUCUGCUCGCGCUACGUUCCCAACAACGAUUGGAAUAUUCGUUCCGACCCAUCGGACAAGAUCUAUACGUUUGCUAAGACUAAGGUCGAGUACUGGCGUGUCGCGGCUCUGAAGAGUAUCAAGCGAAUGGUCAAUGCCGUCAUGAUACGGCUUCCCGACGACAACACGCGCAAGGAAGUCGUUCGGCGAGCUAUAUCGCCCGGAGGCGAGGCAUUCUAUGCCCACCCAGACGAAACUCUGGCUAAUGCGCGUGGUCUUUUCCAGUCUUCGUACAUGCUGAAGGGCCUCGCGAUGCAUCUGGAUUCCGUUGAAGGCUCUGAACGUCGUCGUGAUCGGCCGCUCGGUGCACUCUGCCUGACAUAUGUGCAGGUCCUCUCUGCAUUUGAUUCCUGGCGAACGGGCGUGGACCGGGACACGACGAAGACGUGGACCGAACUCAAGGUGAAGGGGCUUCUCAAGAAAGCCUGGACAGAGAAUAUCGAGCGAUAUACUCGUCACCCGAAGGAGUUUGACGUGAUCCUCGCGGCGGCGCACCUGUAUCGCCAGGAGCACGGCAAGAAGCACAAGGCUCGUGCGACGACGUCGCAUGGUGUUCAACAGUUUAUCACCCGUCUUGCACCUCCUAGUAGUGAUAUCGACCCAUCUGACGGCUCUCGUUCGUCUAGCUCUGACGAGGACUCGUCUGAGUAG